AUGGAUCUCAUCAAUCCCUAUAUGCGUCAUCAUAGCUUUGCCGCUGCCGCUUCGGCCAGUCCGCCGUCGGCGGCGCGUCAUCAUUUGGCAGCGGCGGCUGCAGCGGGUCUAAGCAAUGGAUUCGCCGAUGUGCAUGCCCAUGCCAUGGCCGCGGCGGACUAUCAGCAACAGCUGGCGGAUUAUCACAGCGCUGCCGCUGCAGCGGCUGCUUAUGCCAACAAUAACAACAACAACAACAACAAUAGCAACAAUAGUCCAUUGAUGCUGCUGAAGGCGGCACAGGGCGCGGCACGACUGGACGCCAAGUCAUCGGCAGAGGAUUCGCCCUCGACUACGCCGCCGCCCAACACAUCGCGUCUGCACUCGGAGUCGUCGCCCUCGCCGCGCUAUGAGCACAACUCCAGCCCCGGUGUGGAUAGCGCCAAGUCGUUUGCGCUUAGUCAACGCAGCAGCGGCGGAGAGGAUCAUUGUCAGAACAGCGAGUCCAGUCCGCCGCCGCCGGAUUACAGUCCGGAGAAUCUCAGCAGUCGCAAGUAUCAGCAUCAGAGCAGCGCGCUCAAUCCGCUUAGUCUACAUCACAACAACAACAACCACAACAACAUUAACAACAACAACAAUGCUGUACACCAACACAACAACAACAACAACUUGGAGCACAAGCUGCCGCUAAGUUUUCUGGGUCCGCCGCUGGCGGCGCUGCAUUCGAUGACUACAGAAAUGAAGACUGCACAGAGCGUGGGCGUGGCUGGUGUUAUGGGCGCUGCAGGCGGCGGCGCUAGCAGUGGAAAUAGUCUGGGCUAUGGCCACAGUCCCAAUUCACAUUUGAUCAGCGAUCGCGUGUCCGGCUCCGGCAGUUCGAGCAGCUCAACAACAACAAACACACAAGGCGCAGCCAAUCCGCAUGGCAUCGAUACGAUACUAUCGAAACCACCGCCGGUCACAUCGGCGGGUCUAAGUGCUUUAACGGGAGCUGGCAUUCCACGCUUCUCUAUUGCUGCCGCAGCCGCUGGCAUGGCGCAAUAUUUGUCCCAAAGCCAAGGAGCGCCAUUGAAAACACACGCUGGACACAUUGUGGAUCGCACGCAUCUUUACUGGCCUGGACUGCAAGGACUGGUGGCCAAUCCUAUAGCGUGGCGUGAGCGUCUAUCGAAUACAAUGUCUGCGAAUCUCUCACAAUCGCAUCAGCAUCAUCCAUCGAACGACAAGGAUGGCAAGAAGAAACACACCCGCCCAACAUUUAGUGGUCAGCAGAUAUUUGCGCUGGAGAAGACGUUCGAGCAGACGAAAUAUUUGGCUGGGCCGGAGCGUGCCAAGUUGGCAUAUGCCUUAGGAAUGUCCGAAUCGCAGGUUAAGGUUUGGUUUCAAAAUCGUCGCACCAAAUGGCGCAAACGUCAUGCGGCGGAAAUGGCCACGGCCAAGCGGAAACAGGACGACAUGGGUGGCGACAACGAUGGCGACUGCAGCGAGACUAUGGAUAGCGAUAAUGAAAGUCUGGACAUGGGCGAAUCGCCGGCCCAAAGCAAAAGAAGUCGCAGCAGCAGCAGCUCCCAGCAGCAGCAGCAGCAGCAGCAGGAUAAUUAUCGUCAUUAAAACGAAUUUACAAAUAAAUGAGAACGGGCAAGGAUAUUAUAACUAA